CCCCAAUAUUUUAUUUUAAACCAAAAUUCCAAAAACGGAAAUCUUAUCAAACGAUAGCCACGAAAUGGAAGUUGUGGGCACAAUGAACCUUCUAACCCAAGCUCCCGCCGGAGCUUUAUCGGCAACUCAUCGUUGUUCCCUCAAAUUCACUCAUCCAAUUCCUCCCCUUUUCUCCCAUCGACGACCCACUCAAAUUUCCACUAAAAACCCAAUUCACGUCUCAAAAAAUGGACCAAAACCCCUCACUCUUGCUAAUGCAGAGUCUUCUUCUUCCGGCGCCGGUGCACCUCGUCAAACUUCUACUGCUACUGCUAGUACUGCUGGAUCGUCUAGUUCCAAUAAUGGGUCAUCUUCUUUUAGCCCGGAUGAUUCGAUUUCCUUCGUGGGUCAAGAUAGUGUUCCUCUUGAAGGUGUUAUCCAGUUUGAAAAACCCGAUUCUAAUUCCUUAAGUGAUAAAAUAAACAAAUGGGGUUGGGUGGCAUUGUUAGCUGGUGGAGAUGUUGCGGUCCUGUUGUUGUUCUCUGCUAUUGGAAGGUUCAGUCAUGGCUUUGCUGUUUUUGAUCCCGACACACUGCGAACUGCUGAUCCUUUCAUUGCUGGUUGGUUUUUGAGUGCGUAUUUCCUUGGAGGAUUUGGGGAGGACGGUAAAGGAAAGAAUGGUCUGUUUAAGGCUUUCAUUGCUGCUACUAAAUCAUGGUCAUUAGGCAUUCCGGUGGGUUUAGCUAUAAGGGCUGCCACUGUGGGUCAUAUACCACCAGUCAACUUCAUAAUAGUUACCAUGGGGAGUACUGCUGUAUUACUCAUUGGAUGGAGGACACUCUUGUUCAGCAUUUUACCAACAGACAAGCCGAGGAAGAAUGAUGUUUAUAAGAGCGGAAGCCCUUUUGAAUUUUUGGAGUUGCUGACAUCACUGGUAAGAAGAUGGUGACUGUGGUAGCAGUGCAUGCUGACAUCACUGGUAAGAAGAUGGUGAUUGUGGUAGCAGUGCAAGCGACGGGCGUUUUAUUGUUCAUUAUAUUCUAACGUAAGUUAUCCAGUAUGUACAUGUCACUUCUCAUUAUAAGUAGAUGUAAGAGACGCGAGCAAUGUAACAAUGGAAGAAAAUACAGUUUCCAUCUGUUCCUCAUUUAACUACAGGUUACUUGAAUUGUUGCACGAAAAUGUUGCAUAUACUUUAGUCUAGUGCAAGAUGUAUCAAUAUUUGACUCUUGAAAUCAUUUUGCUGAUGCUGCUUCAUAAUGAUGUCCUUGAACUCUGA